AUGGCCUGGCGACUGAGGAUAAGAAAAGGACUGUGGGUGAAGGAGAAAGUGGAUGCUCGACAUCCCCUCUUUAAGAUCCAAGCUCAAUCGUUGCAGGCCCAUACAGAUCUUGCGACUGCACUCACCAACACGUCCAUCCCGCCCGUUUCUUGGACCCAUCCAGCCAGCCCUUCGGAGGAGCUGAUGCGGCAGAAGAGGGCAGAAGGCCAUGUCGCAGAGCCUAAAUUACGGAAGCCGAACUUGUCUGGGCCCGCCGGAUCCGGGGCGCUUCCCAGGACGGGAGACCCGCCAUUAGUCUACCGACCGGGCUCGAUCAUCGAAAGUUGCCGGUCCCGACGGCCAAAAUCAUCGUGA